AUGUCUCGGCGUUAUCCUGUCGCUGAUGUCUACGACGACCGAGAGCGCGAUCCCUAUGCUCGGCCUCGACCUGCGCGCAACUAUGAGGACAUCGAAGUCGACAUCAACCGCACUCGCUAUGCCGACCGCCCAGAGACUGUCGUGAGCGACCGCCGAAACACCCGCGGAGCAAAGCUUCCCGAUUUCUUGCAAGACGACUAUGGACGAACGAAUGCCGGUCCGCUUGUAGUUAAGAAUCGCGAGCCCGACGACUAUGCCGACUAUGUCUCCCGCAGAGACGACGAUACCAGAUCCCGCAGAGGUGGCCCACCAGAAAGAGUUGAGAGGGACGAACUCGUGAUUAGAGAGCGCCGAGGUGAACCUCCACUCAGAGAACGACCACCGCCUUCCAGGGAUCCUAGAGACUUUGAGCGCGAGGAGAUUAUCCUUCGUCGUGGCGAGCGUGAACAGUCGCGACCUCCUAGACCACGGGAUCGAGGAGAGAUCGAGGAGACGGACAUCUUGAUUCGCAGAAGAGAGCAAGAGCGAGAAAGAGACCCGGAACCGCCUCGAGGUCCACCUCCCGACAUAGUCUUUCGCAGGGGUGCUGGAGAUCGUCGUCCUCCUCCUCGUUCCGAAGCUGCGAGAUCAGAAGUUGCCGAGGAAGAGUUCAUCUUUCGCCAUGAAGAGACACGUUCUCCGCCUCCUCCAGCCAGAAGCGUGCGCGGUGUGGAAAGGGAGGAGAUCAGUAUACGUGAGCGCGAGCCCAGUCUUCCACCUCCUCGUAGACGUAGUCCAGGUCCGGUUGCACGUGAAAGAGAAGAGUGGUUGUUCAGACGUCGCGAACCUUCUCCACCUCCACCUCCUCGAGACGAACGCGAGGAGAUCAUCAUCCGUCGCCGCGAGCACGAACGCAACUCUCCUCCUCCUAUUAGAGACGAUAGGGAAAAGAUCAUCAUAAGACGACGAGAGCGAUCUAUUCCUCGAGAGCCCACCCCGAACCAGUUAGAGAACCAACCCCUGAGCCCAUGCCUCCACCGCCACCAGAACCUAUUGUCCGCCCGCCUAUCAUUCAGGAAAUUANUUACGCAUCACAGACAUAUUGAUCAUGGUAUUGAGCGAGCCCGCUCACCAGAACUUUUGCCCAGUCCUCCCCCAGCACCACCAAGUCCUCCUCCUGCGCCCAGGGACGAGAGCCUCGAGAUAGAAAUUCGCAGACGCAAUACUCGCAACGGAGGUUAUGACGAGAACAUCACCUUUGAGCGCGAGGUCUCGCGUCCAGCACCUCGACGUGAACCUGAAGUGGGGCGCGAUGUCGAGAUUACUCGUUCUCGCUCAGUAUCCACGCCUCAACGUCGCUAUGAUGAUGAAAUUGCUGCCGAGGCCGAGUACUACAAUCGCAAAGCACUGGAGCGUGGCUAUGUUGGCGAAGCACACAACGGUGCAACUAGAGACUGGGGACUCGUUGACAUCCCUCCUGGUACCAGACGAGUCCAGAUGGAUGGAUUAGGAGGUGGUCGACAAGACAUUACCUGGCAACAAUACAAUGGCUCCAGGAGAAGCAAGUUUUAUACUGCUGAUGAAGAGUUCAUAACCGAUUUUGCGCCUGGGCUUCCUGCACCAGAGCGCAAAGAGGAGAAGCGCAAAGUCCCCAAGGACAUGUGGACCGAGGUCACGAAAGACCUGGUCAUCAAGGAAGCCAUCGAGGAAAUGGGCUAUCAGUAUGAAGACUCGGAACACUUCUUCUACGUCAUGGAGUACUUGAAAUACGUAAGUCAUGAUAUGUUGCAUCGCAAACCGACAACAAAGCUAAUCCACCACUCCAGGNAGGACGUGCUUCAACUCGUAGAGCUUUCCGAAGACAUUCGUCGCGAACGUCGUGACCGUAUUCGCGAGAUCGAAUGGGAACGUGAACAACUCGAGAGACUCCCACCUCCCAAGCCGCGUUCACCACCAGCCAAACCUCGUUCCAAGUACGACGAGCGUAUCUACGAACGCGAGGUCAUUUACGACUCUAAGCGAUCAGGCAGGUACCGUUGA